UUCCACAGAAUAGAAAACGUCAGAUUUGUAACAACACGAGGAUAAGGCCUAAAUUAGGGGAUCUAUCCCUUUAAAUAGCACAUUUUUGGGUGAGGUAAACAGAAAUCUUUUUCUUCUUCUUUUUUUUUUUAAUCGUUGUAUUAUAAUACCAUAUUUUGCAACAAAACUCUGUUCCGAAUAUAUAACUACACGUUGUCAUAUGAUCGGACGUAAGGCUAAUAACAUAUGAAACCCAAAACCGGAACCGGACGACGGUCGGUUCUGUUAACAGUUCCCGCCCGUGAACAACUUGAAUACCGAUUUACAAGACAAAAGACGCGAGUCCCAGUGAAAAAACACUGAUAAUUCCAUGUCUAUCAAUAGAUAUUCAUUAUGAGACUCAUUUAACGUUACCUGACAACAUUUUACCAAUUUUCUGUCAGUUGUUUAGAAUAGGAUGAUGCCAGAUUCGCGAAUAAUGAACACGCUUGACUCAGUCGGUCAAACUAGAAAAAGUUCUGAAAUCGUUCACGAUUCAGUUUGGUUUAUUCGAAAAGUCUUCUCACACAUUGAAUAAUAUCAAGCAGUUUUUCACAUCGAAAACUUUAUGAGACAGAAAGCAAAAAGAACGCUGGGUGAGGUUGAAGUUUAAUUUAUUUUAUGAAACAACUUGGAAAAGUCUUCUAUCCUUUUUCAGCGACAUCUUUAUUGCACAUGAAGUUUCGGAACGACUCUACAGCAGGUCCUGCAUAAAGUACUACCCACCCAAGUGACUCUCUGGCUGUGUCAUGGCGGCGAGGCCUGCCUUUUCGUUCUUAUUGGCUGUGUUGGCGUGCACUGGGCCGGCCCAGCCCUCCCCCCCACUGCUGCUCCGCCCCCGGGAGAGAGAGAGGGACUCUGGAGGGGCUUCGGGCGGAGUCAACAUCGCUGUGGUCCACUCCGGCUCCUCCCACCUCCCGGAAACGAGCGCCGGGGUGGGGGGUGUGGGCGGCGCCUCUUCGGCGGGCUCCGGCUCUGGUGCCGGGCCAAGCAGCAGCAGCAACUCGGGGACGGGUUUUCUGAGUCGGGCCUGGUCGGGACAGGUGGGUGAGAGCGUGAUGACACCAUGGGGACCCGCAAACGUGAUCUGGCUGGCCGUGAACGAGAGCAGUCCUGGGAGCCUCUUGCUACAGUUGUGCGAGUUACUGGCUACCACUCCGCUACAAGGCCUUGUGUUUGAGGAAGAGAAGCCACCACCACCCAACCGGGCACCGUUGGCACCAAUGCUUGAAUUUGUCUCGGCCCAGACAGGAGUGCCUGUGAUUGCUGUGGGAGGAGGUGCUGGCUUGGGGAGGGAGCCACAGGAGAGCGGCUCCGUCUACUUGCAGUUCUUGUGCUCCACUGGCCUGCAGCUGGAGGUUAUUUUCGAAGUUCUGGAGGAGUUUGAUUGGACGGCUUUCUCUGUGGUUACCACACGCCACCACGGCUAUGAGGACUUCCUGGCCAUGGUAGAAGGCAUGAUAGAUGGCUCCUUCAUCGGCUGGGAGAGAAAGAGUGUGGUGAUGCUCAACCUGACUGAUGACCCGGCAGGGGCUCGCACACGCAGGCUGCUGAAAGAGAAUGAAGCACAGGUGCGACUGCUAUAUUGCUCACAGGAAGAGGCGGAGCACAUUUUUAAGGCUGCAUGGGCAUCAGGGCAGGCUACUCCCUCACAUAUGUGGUUUGCGGUGGGCCCGGCUCUGUCUGGACUUGGUCUUGAGGGUCUACCCAAGGCUCUGUUUGCUGUGCGACCCCAGGGAUGGAGGGACGAGCCGCGACGGCGAAUUGCAAAGGGUGUGUCAGUAUUGACGCACGGUGCUAUGGCUUUACGUAGAGAGUACGGCGGGGCUCGAGGGACAAGCUUUGCUGGGAACUGCGUGAUGGAUGGAAAUCAAACACAGAGGGUACCAGAUAGAAUCAGGUGAGAAAAUCUACAUCCCUGUCUCAUCCAAAAAGUAGUUGGUACGUUAUUUUUCAUGUUUUAUUGUCUCUUAUGCUCUCCAAUCAUUUUAAUACUCUCCUCCCAUAAAUUUUGCGUUUUUAGUAAAUCCUAACAGUACUUUUUUAACGCCGAAAGACAGUUUGCGCUGACGCAAGUUGUUUGUAAAUCUGGUCCUUAAUUUCUUAAAAAUAAAAAAAAAUUGUACUGACACCCAAACUUUUGAAACCUCAUA